ACAAGCAUACCAUUUAUCCUAUCCUAUAUAUGCGUAAUUAAGUACUCCUCCUUCCAUCACAAAAUCUCGCUUCAUUCAUUGGCUUCUUCCACUCCUCACAAUAACAUCAACAUGGCUGAUAAGCAAUCCCAACUAAACGGUGCGUAUUACGGCCCCGCAAUCCCUCCAUCGGAGCUGCCACGUCACCACCACCGUGGCCGACGCUGCUGCUGUUGCCUCUUCAGCUUCUUCUGGAAGCUUCUCCUUGCCAUCGUCGUCUUCCUCGUUGUCGUAUUCCUCGUCUUCUGGGCUGUGGUCCAGCCACGCACCUUCAAGCUCCAUGUCACCGACGCCAAACUCACCCAAUUCAACCUCACCACCAACAACAAUAAUAACAUUAACAUGCUCCGCUACAAUCUCGUUCUCAAUCUCACUGCACGAAACCCUAACAAAAAACUCAACAUCUACUACGACCAAGUGGAGGGCCACGUGUCCUACGAGGGGAUGAGGUUCGCCUCAGCGGACCUGAUCACAUGGCGAAACUCCUUCCGCCAAUACACAAAGAGCACGAACAACAUGAGCGGGGUUUUCACGGGGCAGCACGGGUUGGUGUUCGAUGGCGAUCACGUGAAGGAUUUCGAAAAAGAUGAGAGAGGUGGGGUUUUUGAUAUUGAUGUGAAGCUUUACUUUAACAUUAGGUUUAGGCUUGGUGACUUCAUAGGAAGUAGCUCAAGGGUUAGGGCGAAGUGCGAGCUUCAGGUUCCUUUGGUUUCGAGGGGAGUGUUUCUUCCCACCAGGUGCCAUGUCAAAUUCUGAUGAGGGUCCCCGUUUCACGUGCAUUGCAUUUAAUUUUGUCACUCAUGUUUAUUAAAUUCGUUGGUUGGAUUUUCAUUUUUAAUUUCUCCCCUUAUAGAUUGUUUAAAUUUACAUAGUAUGGCUUUUUCUUCUUUC